AUGAACAAACUGACCGUCCGCUUUGAGAUCUACAAGGACCACGCCCAUCGGUACUCGGUUUUACUCAAAAGAGUGGAGUCAGUACACAUGCAGAGUGAGGUGGCUGAGUGUGGCACUAACCAGCGGGCAUUGUAUGGAUUUGUGAAUCGGCUAAUGGGAAAGAUGUCCAAAAUUCGAGCAGCCAUAGAUGCUGCUGCAAAACGGAGUAGGGAGGAGAUGAAUAACGUCGUACCGCAUCAGUUCUUGUCUAGUCAUGGCGAAAAUGCUGUUCUUCGUGAUUUUGUUCCGGUUUCAGAUGAAAUGGUGAAGAAUUUCAUCAUGGCAUCGCCUACUAAAUCGUGUCGUCUUGAUCUAGUUCCAACUUUUCUUCUCAAGAAAGUUUUGUGUCCACUCGUACCUACCAUAACUAAAAUUGUGAAUCUCUCUCUCUCGACGGGAACUUUCUCGUCGGGCAUGAAGCAUGCGAUGGUUACGCCUCUUCUGAAGAACCCUACUCUUGACGCCAGCGAUCUGGGAAAUUACCGCCCGGUCUCCAACCUCUCUUUCUUGUCAAAACUGAUAGAGAGGAUUGUUGCAGCUGAGUUGAUGGAUCAUCUUGCAGCCUUCGACGUGUUACCCCCCCCCCGUCAAUCUGCCUACCGACCAAACCACUCUACAGAGACAGCUUUGAUUGCCAUUUUUCAUGACCUUUUAAUGUCCAUGGAUCAAGGCAGAGGGAGUGCUCUUCUUCUGCUGGAUCUGAGUGCAGCCUUUGAUACGGUUGACCAUGGAAUUCUCAAAGAUCAUUUGAGACAUUCGUGUGUCGUCGAUGGAGUGGCACAUGAUUGGUUCAUUUCGUAUCUUUCGAGAAGGAGUCAAUCUGUGUCUAUGGGUGGUGCGUCGUCUGUCUCGUCAAAAUUGGAUUUUGGCGUUCCACAAGGGAUCGACUUUCAAUUCUCUCCGGAUGCAGUUCAACAAAGGGAAGCCUUGUCCUCUUUGGCUGAUUGUGCAACCGUUACUGAAGACUGGUUUACGCAAAACCGACUAGGAGCGCAACUUCAGUUGCUUCCUCUUCAAGUUGGCGACAACGUUUUAGUUCCCUCGCUGGUUGCUCGCAACCUCGGCGUCUCGAUCGAUAGUACUCUAUCUAUGAUUCCGCAAGUGAAAGAUGGGUGUCGAAAGGCGAUCUUCCAGCUACGACGGAUUGGCAAAGUCAAGAAAUACCUCACUAAGGCUGCUACGAAGAGUUUGGUUCAAGCACUGGUGCUGUCUAAUCUUGACUACGCUAAUACGUUACUGUUUGGUUUGCCAAACGAGCUUCUGGAGCUCUGGAGAAAAUUCAACGCUCGGCCGCUAGGCUAG